CGGAAGUGACGUCCGCGGCGCCGGGCCGGGCUCGGGAGGACCUGAGCGCCGGCCUCGGGGAGCCGCCGGGCUGCGCCGCGGUCGCGAUGAGCUGCACCAUCGAGAAGAUCCUGACGGACGCCAAGACGCUGCUGGAGCGGCUGCGGGAGCACGACGCGGCCGCCGAGUCGCUGGUGGACCAGUCGGCGGCGCUGCACCGGCGGGUGGCCGCGAUGCGGGAGGCGGGGACGGCGCUUCCGGACCAGUAUCAGGAGGAUGCAUCCGAUCUGAAGGACAUGUCCAAGUACAAACCUCACAUUCUGCUGUCCCAGGAGAACACGCAGAUUAGAGACCUGCAGCAGGAAAACAGAGAACUGUGGGUGUCUUUGGAGGAACACCAGGAUGCUUUGGAGCUCAUCAUGAGCAAAUACCGCAAACAGAUGUUACAGUUAAUGGUUGUUAAGAAAGCAGUGGAUGCUGAACCAGUCCUGAAGGCUCACCAGACUCACUCUGCAGAAAUCGAGAGUCAGAUCGACAGAAUCUGUGAAAUGGGAGAAGUGAUGAGGAAAGCAGUUCAGGUGGAUGAUGACCAAUUUUGUAAGAUUCAGGAAAAACUAGCCCAAUUAGAGGUAAGAUUGUUGCUAUUUUCCGUUCACACUAUUUCACCAACUCUGGCUGGCCUCUAUCUGAAUUAUGGUUCUUUUUUUUUUUUCCUUAUGGUUCUUGUUUGUGAUGUUUUUCAAAUAUAUAUUCACUUUUCAGCUUCUCUAAGACUAAAUCUACCUUUUUCUUCCCAGAGAAAUCAUUUUAGUUAACAUUUGAAUCAGUGCAAAAUAAUUUUUAUAGCUAAUAUAAAGCAUAAUUCUUGUAUUUAUACAUAUAUUCCUCUUUUCAUUUCAUCUCAUCUUAAUUGUUUUUCUUCUAUAGACAUUUCUCAUCUAUUUAUGGCAACAGCUCAUUAAUGUUUCUCUGCUUCCUUCAUUAAGUCAUCUAUCUCUCAAAGCAUUUCAAGACUUAAUACUCUUUUAUCAAGAAUUAAGACUGCCCUUGCUGGUUUGGCUCAGUGGAUCGAGAUCCCUAUUAGGAGGCAUGCAGAAAGCAGUCAAUCAGUAAUUCUCUCUCAUCAUUGAUGUUUCUGUCUCUCUUUCUCUCUCCCCCUUUCUCUCUCUCCUCUCUCUCUGAAAUCAAUUUAAGAAAAGAAGAAAGAACUAAGACGGAUUCCUGUUAUAUCAAGUUGAAAUGCUUCAUAGCCUGGCGCUACAGCACCUGUCACAUCACAAUCCCAUUUCACUUUCAUCCAGACUUUGUCCUAGCCAGCUAGCCUAUUGAUUCCUUUUAAAACAACGAGCCACACUUGUCACCCAGUCAUUCACUCAAUAAACCUCCCUGGAUAUGCUGGGCAGAGAGCAUCAUAUGCAUGGUCCCUACUCUCAGGGGAUUUAAAAUUUAAAACUGACAUACUCUGACUUGGCUUCUAUGAUAUUUCAUACCUCACCUGUUUUCUUUCUCUUAAAAUCUGCCCAUUUCUCCAAAUUAAGCUCAAAUUCCACCUUUUAUUAAAAGCCCUCUCUGACUUUGCUCAUCAUGUUGCUUUGAUACACAUACAGUGAUGAUUAAACAAUACCUAGUAUUUCUAGUAUAUGACGUAGUGGGCACCCAGAUAUUAGUUGAGCAAAUUAAUUUUUGACAUUUUUGUCCUAUAGUCUGCUUUUUCUUCAUGUAUAACUCUUCUCAGCAGAGUGUCAACCCCCUGUAAUGACAGGAACUUUUUUUAUAUUUUCUACAGUACCUCACAUAAUGCUAAAUGUUUAUAAAACACUUGUACUAAAUAUUAUGUUAUGUAACUUAGAGCUUGAGGGGGGUAUCAACAAUGACCGAAAUAAUUUCUGGUUUUGAGUAUCUGAUGUUAAAGGAGGUGUAUCCAUUAGCACAUGAGAGAUUGCUUGAAUAACAUCAAAUGAAUGUGCUUUUAAGUUGCCUGUAAUGCUUGCUUGACCACUGAUUCUAAGUUAAUGAGAUGAACUGGUCCCCGUACCUAUCCUCUGCCCCGGGUUCUUUUAUGGAAGUUAUAUUUAAUGUCUUUGAUCCUUUUUUUUUUCUAGUAUGAAGUGUAACAGAACAGACUUUACCACCUGAAACUGCUGCUUCAAGGUCAGAUCAGGCAAAGAACAAACUUGAAACAACCAACAAGACCAAA